AUGGCUCGCGGACUGCAGAUAAGGGAUGAAGAAAGUGGCUAUAACAAAAAUCUAUUUUGCAUUCCUAAGCAUUAUGAAGAAGAUUUAGAAAGAGUCUUCAUUCCUCAUGGACUCAUCCUGGACAGGACAGAACGUUUAGCUCGAGAUAUCAUGCAAGAUAUGGGAAGCCAUCACAUUGUUGCACUCUGUGUCCUUAAAGGAGGCUAUAAAUUCUUUGCUGAUUUGCUGGACCAUAUAAAAGCACUAAACCAAAAUGGUGAUAAAUCUGUACUUAUUACUGUGGAUUUUGUUAGAAUAAAAAGCUACUGUAAUGAUUCAGCUACAGAACAAAUCAGUAUUGUUGGUGAGGAACUGUCUACACUAAACGGGAAGAAUGUGUUAGUAGUAGAGGACAUUAUUGAGACUGGUAGAACAAUGAAAGCACUACUUUCAAAACUAAAAGACAAUGAACCAAAGAUGGUAAAAGUUGUAAGCCUCCUUGUGAAAAGGACAGAUCGAACCUCAGGUUACAGACCAGACUAUAUAGGCUUUGAAAUUCCAGAUAAAUUUGUGGUUGGCUAUGCUCUUGAUUAUAAUGAAUACUUCAGAGAUCUAAAUCACAUCUGCAUUCUGAAAGAGAAAGCCAAAGAGAAAUAUAGGACCUGA